CCUGGUAAAAGCUGUGCUUGAACGAACCAUGACCAUGAAGGCAUGAUGACGGCAUGAGCUAUGAGCUGAGGUUGACUUCGACUGACUGUGCUGGGCCAGGUGUUAUUUUGACGAUAGUAAUUCCCACUCCACGUCUUCACUUGAUGUCGCUUGUUACGUUAUAGCUUAGUGCCUGUUGCUCAGUGAUGGGCGACGAUUGUGUUGAGGAUGCGGAGCAGAUCACGGAAGAAUCGCCGCAGAAGCAAGAAUGGGGGAACAAAGUUGAAUUUCUAUUCUCCUGCAUCAGCUACGCCGUUGGGAUCGGAAAUCUGUGGCGUUUCCCUUACCUUGCGCAAGAUAAUGGAGGAGGUACAUUCUUAAUCCCAUACCUCAUCAUGUUGGUGAUUGAGGGAAUGCCACUCUUCUACCUGGAGAUGUGUGUCGGCCAAUUGAUGCGCAAGGGUGUUAUUGGCUCCUGGUCGGCCAUCCACCCCACUCUGGCAGGCAUUGGCUGGGCAGCUGUCACGACAUCCUUCCUCGUCGGCAUCUACUACAAUGUCAUCAUUGUCUGGUCGUUCUUUUACCUGUUUAGCUCCUUUCAGCAUACAUUGCCGUGGUCCAAGUGCUCCGAUGUAAACGGCACAUCUGCGCAGCUGUGUCGCAAUGCUACUAGCAGGUACUUCUGGUACAAUGAUGCUCUUGAAAUAAGCGGCAGCAUCAAUGACGCCGGCAGUGUGAAUUGGAAGCUUUGCUUGAUACUGCUCCUUGCAUGGACAGUGGUGUUCUGUGCCAUGGCUAAGGGCAUCAAAGCUCAAGGAAAGAUUGUUUACUUCACCACCCUGUAUCCGUAUGUGAUUCUGCUGAUCCUCUUCUUCCGUGGAGUUUUCCUAGAGGGUGCCGGACAUGGCAUUAAGUACUUGUUCCAACCCGAUUGGGAUAAGCUAUAUGAUCCCGAUGUGUGGCGAAUAGCUGCUACGCAGAUCUUUUAUUCGUUGGGACUUGGUUUUGGUGGCCUGGUUGCGUACUCUAGCUACAACAAAAAAGAUAAUAACACACUGAAGGACACUCUUAUCAUCACACUGAUCAACAGUGGAACGUCCAUAUUUGGUGCCAUCGUCAUCUUUUCGAUCCUAGGUCAUCUGUCCGUGAAGAAUGGAAUCAAACUCAGUGAGGUUGGCAGUGGACCUGGUUUGGCAUUCAUCGCUUUCAGUGAAGGUCUCACACUACUUGUUCCCAGCGUCAUGUGGUCCAUCUUCUUCUUUCUCAUGCUCCUGUGCUUGGGCAUUGGAAGCAUGUUUGGCACAUUGGAAUGCGUCCUGGCAUGCAUGGCUGACGUCUAUCCAUUCAACAAGUGGAGGCGCGAGGUUCACGUUGCUUUGGUCUGUGCCGUCUCGUUCUUGGUCGGUAUCUCCAUGGUGACACAAGGUGGCUCGUAUGUCGUUGAGCUGUUUGACCAGUUUGCGGGCAGCCUGCCGUUGCUGUUGAUUGGCUUCUGUGAGUGCUUUGCUGUGUCCUACAUCUAUGGAGCAAGCAGAUUUUCGGAUGAUGUGGAGGCGAUCAAUGGGUUGAGACCUUCACGUUACUGGCGCUUUUGCUGGAGGUUCCUGUCCCCGAUUCUCAUGGUAAUACUGUUCCUUAGCAGUGUCAUCUAUGAGAUUAUCAAGCCACCCACAUACCAAGCCUAUGAUGCCUCAACGAACAAGACUGUCGAAACUAAGUUCCCUGGCUGGGCAGAGUUUGUUGGAGCUGUGCUGAUUAUCCUGUCCGUUAUAAAUAUCCCUAUCUUCGUCUUUCUGAAUUUGCCACCGGACUGGAAACCUCGCCUACGUCUUUUCCUCAACACGUGCUGUGGCCAGUCUUUCGCACCUAGCCAACUCGAAAAUGACAACGACAGUGUGAACUCUUUAGAUGCCACCAAUCCAUCUACACAGUACCGGGAGUUGGAGGAUAUGUCCGCAGCUUGAUCAAAUUUUGAGCAUAUUUUCUCUUUUCCUUGCUAAAAUUUCUGAGAAGCAUAGUAAUUAUUAUUGGUUUCAUGCAACUACGUCUCAUUUGUGGGUAUUCAAUGGCUGGUGCAUGGUGAUCAAUAAACUAUUUUUUAAAUACACAACAUGGUGUACUAUAGUGCUGACACUGGCGUCGUCCUGGCUACUCUGCUCAAGGUUUGUCUCCGUGCACUAUAAGAGCUCACCUACAUGUAUUACAAGAUGUGAUGUGCAAUGCAGAGCACUGAAUUGGAUCAGACCAGGUUUUGUUUUGCACUAUUUUUUCUUCAGCCUCGUCUCUGUAUCAUUUCUCUAGUCCUUGCACUUUAUAUUAGCAAGAUACCUGUUUAGGUCUUUGUCUUUCUCUCUAUUUUAGGGACCAUUGAUGUUAUGAUGCGUUUGCAUCAGCAUGUAGCAACUAGCGUUACUCAUAAUCUCAUUCUAUCUUAUCCAUAGCCUUCUGGCACCUUACCUUCUAUGGCUCAUGUGCUCAUUGACAUGAUUGUUUCACUUUGCACAAUUUUUAGUACACAACGUUUGCAUAUUUCAAGUCAGUUGCAGUCAAAACAGCAUUUAGAUCGUGAACUUUUCUACUUGUCGAAUGGUGAGUUGGCGGUACAUGCAGUGGAGGAGGAUUACAACCCUUGAAGAAUCUCAAUAUCCUUCGAUAUGCAUGCUGAUAUGCAUGCUGAUAUGCAUGCUGAUAUGCAUGCUGAGACUGACCUGCUACUUGUUGUGAUGUUAUCAGAUUUGGACAUAGCUUGGUUUUGUUCUUGCACUUUUAAGUUUUAAUAUCGUGUUGUACUAUUUUCCUCUGAUGGUUUUCUUCCUUUUUUGCUGUUUCUGUAAACCCUUGUACGUUUGACUAACGGGUAGAAUUUUAAAAAACUUUAAAAAAUA